CAAUCUACUUUCAAGUGUAAUAAAGAUGUACGAAGUUGACCUCGUAAUCUCCUUCCACUAAACAACCCCCCCACCUAUUCCUUCUUGAUCGGAAUAUGGCUGAAGGAACCGCUUCAAGAUAUGUGAAGUUAACCAAAGAACAAGGUGAUGUAGAGGAGAUUAAGCCCGGUGAGCUAAAUCAGCCCAUUGAGGUUCCUCAGUUGACCGUUCGUAAGUGUAAUGAAUGUGGGCAACCUCUACCUGAAAACUUUGAGCCUCCAGGAGAUGAGCCUUGGACUACUGGAAUUUUUGGAUGUGCUGAUGACACCGAAAGCUGCUGGACAGGAGUGUUUUGCCCUUGUGUUCUAUUCGGUAGAAAUAUUGAGAGCUUGAGAGAUGAUACUCCCUGGACCACCCCGUGCAUUUGUCAUGCUGUUUGUGUUGAAGGUGGGAUUGCACUGGCUGCAGCAACAGCAGUUUUCCAUGGCAUUGACCCAAGGACAUCAUUUCUCAUUUGUGAGGGUUUACUUUUUGCAUGGUGGAUGUGUGGCGUAUACACUGGUCUUGUUAGGCAGUCUUUACAGAAGAAAUAUCAUCUCAAGGUGAUCUCAAUUUUGCAAUUUUAAUAUUCAUUGUAUGAAUUGAAGACGACACUGAUCCUUGAACACUUUGUUAAGGUUAAAAAAAGCAUCACAUGCACAUUUUGUAGAUGCAGACAAGAUGACUGCUUCCGAAUUCCUUUUGUAUGUCAUGAGAGCACUAAUAAUUAUAAGAGUUGUAACAUAUGGAAUACUAGAGGUGUGCAUAAUUCGGUACCAUGAACCAUUACCCAAGAACUUCAACCUGAACAUGAGAAUCAGGUUGAUACUUUUGUGAACCUGAACCUGACAAUCAAAGAAUCUAUAGGUUUGAUUAACCUAAGUUCAAAUUUGGUUUUCAGGCUAACCUAAACUUGUCCUAAACAUAUGCAAUCCUUCAAAUAAGAACUUAAAAAUCGUAAGUCAUAUUUUAAGCUUUUAUAAUCCAGCAGUUAGGAUUGGAUAUCAUGUUCUUGGGUUAUUUUGAACACCCCUGUGGAAUACUGUAAUUAGUGAUAUUAUUCCUUGAAUGACUUGAUAUUUUAAUGUGCUCUCUUAUGGUGAGAAUUACUUUUUCAGUGCAUAAAUUUGUUUAGUUCGUGAUAAAGUGUGCUGUUGGAAGUUGAUGUCAAUUAACAAAGCAUAAUGAAAUGGUAGUUA